CACAUAGGCAGAAGUGAAUUAAUGGCCUAAAACAUAAACUACCCUCCGAUAAAAUUGGAAUUAGGUUUAUAAAUUAUAAGGCCAAAGCUUUGAUAUUUUCCAGACUCAGAAUCAAAACGAAGGAAAGCAAUGGCGCCGCCUCCUGGACCUUACUCCGGCACCAGCACUCUCGCUCUCGUUUCUCGUGCAUCUGCUUUCUCUUUUGGUCUCGUUUAUGGGAGCAUUAAGCUCAAGUACCUCAAGGCAAAGGCAAAGUCACAAAAGAAAGCUCAAGCAAAGGCUCACCGCUGAAGCAGAGGCGUCUUGUUCACAGUUAGUCGCAUGCAUGCACGAGUUGAGUUUGGUGUAGGAAUAAAUGUAUAUCAAUGGAACUCCACCAGUUCUUCAUUUUUGGCCUGCACCUAAUGUCUGAAAAGUUUUAUUAUUUUUCAUUUUGCAAUGACAUUAUCAAUGUUUAGUUUC